AUGGCUCAAUGCAAAGGUCUGCUUCAUGUCUUGAUGGCUCUCUGCUUCUUCGUUCUCACCAUCGAAGGUAAAUGUCCAGAAUGUUUCGUGAGAGUCGGCGGAAGAUGUGUCAAGGUCAUUACGGAUCAGUUGAACGGUGACGAGGGCUACGCUAGAUGUGAACAGUUAGGGGCUGAUUUGGCUGUUGUCGAUACAUUCGAUUAUUUUAUUAAAUUGGGCUCAUUCCUAAUGGACAACUACAAUGAUACCUGUUACAGUCCGACCAGGAAAUCGAUCAGCUAUUGGACAGCAGGACACAGGGAUCGUACGACAAAUAACUUCUACUGGAAUCGUUACACAGCAAGUAUAAAUAAAACCAAGAUUGAGUUCCCCGCUGGAAUCGACGUUUAUCUCAGCAACAGCAAUAACAAUGAAGAUUGCUUAGAAUUGGUUCAAAAUAGUGACAAAUUUGUGGUGAACGAUGUGUCCUGUAACAACUUGAAAAUCGCAAAUUCUGCUGUAAAGCUCUGCUCCAUAUGCCAAGUUCUGUAA